ACUAUUCUCAUGAAAUGGUAGUAAAUAGUUCUAAUAAUAAUGAUAUACAAAUCAUUCCAGAAUUCACCCAAAAAUAUACUAUAACUGAUCUUUCAGAAAAAUGUUAUAAAAAAAUAUCAAAAAAUCAAUUAAAAUAUGGUGCUUUAAUGGGUGAAGCAAAAAAGGCAAUUCAUUAUGCAUUACAGGAUGAAGAUAAUAAAUUAAUACAAUUUAUAAAAGAAUUCAAUAAACGAAAAGAAAAUCAACAUAUUCAAGCUUGUAUACACAACAAUCCCAUUACCAGUAUUUGCAAUACAAAUGGGGAUUUAAUUGAUCCUGAACAGGUUUUAGACCCGCUAAAACAUCAAUCAAAAGGAAGACCAUUAUUGAAACAACUAAAAUCAUCUAUUGAACAAUUUAAAAAUAAAUCAAAAUCAAAAGUGUCAAAUACUUUAAAUAAUGAUAAGGGUCGUAAAUGUGGAUUAUGUGGAAAAAAUAGACAUUACUGA